AGGUUUAUAGCCAGGCUGCCGUUCCAGUAUUCACAUAGCUCUAUAUCGCCACAGACGUACGCUUGAACCUUUCUCUCAUACACUAUGCCGAUUCGUGAAGUCAUCUCGAUCCAUAUAGGAAGGACCGGGGUGCAAGUUGGCAAUGAAUGCUGGGAAUUGUACUGUCUCGAACAUGGCAUCUCACCCGACGGGAUAGCUGGCCAAAAUAUCGAUCCUAAUGACGCUAUCGGCAACUUCUUCAGCAAUCCUGAAACUCACAGGUUCCGUGCCAGGACACUCUUCGUAGAUCUGGAGCCCUCUGCCAUUGAUGAGAUCCGUACCGGUGCAUACCGCCAGCUCUUCCACCCUGAGCAGCUGAUCACAGGCAAGGAGGAUGCAGCCAACAACUACGCCAGGGGACAAUACACCGUGGGUAGGGAAUUAGUGGACCACACCUUGGAUAGAAUACGAAGACUGACUGACGAUUGCAACAAUCUUCAAGGCUUCUUGAUCUACCACGGUGUCGGUGGAGGCACUGGCUCAGGGUUCGCAGCGCUUUUGGCUGAACGCCUAGCCAUCGAUUACCGUAGGAAGACCAAGAUCUCUUUCACCAUCUACCCCGGCCCACCACUGCAAACAUCCUUCUUGGAGCCCUACAACAGUUUACUGAAUACAGCUGAGCAGCAGAUGGAUUACGCUGACGUCCAGUUUGCUUUUGACAACGAGGCCAUGUAUGACAUCUGCAAGUCUAGCCUCGGUGUGGAGCGGCCUACUGUGGUUAACAUUAAUCCCCUGAUCGCGCAGGUUGCGUCAUCCGUGACCCAAUUUCUCCGUUUUGAAGGCGAGCUAAAUGCGGAUCUGUCGGAAUUCCAGACCAACUUGGUUCCGUUUCCAGGGCUUCACAGCAUGGUACCGGCCUUAGCACCACUGGUAACAUCUGCGAGCAAGUCUCACACGGCACUCGAUGCGCAGUCGAUCACAGAGGCCUGCUUCCAUGCUGGGAAUCAGUUCGUCAAAAGUAACCCGGCUGUGGGCAGGUUCAUGGCAAUUAAUAUGAUGUACCAUGGAGCGAGUACUCCAAGUGAGAUCAACGCCGUCAUUUCUCGCAUCAAAGCCAAGUAUGGGGAUCGUUUCGUGGACUGGUCGCCUAACGUUAUCAAAGCGGGACAUCGUAUUACUUCUCCGGUGGUCACUGGGCCCGACCUAGCCCCAGUCGAUCUUAACGUCUGCAUGCUGAGCAACACCACGGCCAUCGCCGAGACCUGGGCUCGUCUGAACCACAAGUUUGAUCUGAUGUACGCCAAGCGUGCCUUCGUCCACUGGUACGUGGGAGAGGGUUUGGAGGAGGGUGAGUUCUCUGGGGCCCGUGAAUCCAUGGCUUUCUUAGAGAAAGAAUACACAGAGCUGACAAGCGGGGAACCUGAUGAGGAAGAUGGGGAAUAUUAAAAGUUGCAAACAAAGAGCUAUAAAAGGAACAAACUCAAUUUUGUUGUUGCUUUUAAUGCUUUUAAUGCUUUAACAUAUAUAUUUUCCCGGUGUUUGAGGUUCUAUUAAAAUUUAAAUCUUUGAUUAAUAAUAUGGAUAAUUAAAUUAUUUUAAUCAUCUGGAAGUAUGAUAUGCUAAAUCAUGUAUAAGUUUGUAAUGUCGCAAUGGCUAGGAAAAAUUGAGGAAGAGAAACACAAGAAGGCAGUAAGGAGCACAGAGAGCAAAGUAAACUAAUUGUUUUAAUUUAAUGUGGUGGGCGUUUUAUUUACAAAAAUAAUUUUUGUUAAUGUGGACGUAUUUCACUCUGUAACGAAAAGUUUAUCAUUGGUUAAUAUAGAAUUGUCAUAAACUAUAGUAUUGUUAACUAAUUUACACAAAAGUCUGUUAAAAUAAGCCCGGGAACCUUGUUGGAGUUAGUACGUUGUUUUCUUUCAUAUAAGUAAAAUUAAAAUCAGUUUAUCGGUGAAAGGUUUCCAUGAAUGAUUUCCACGAACAAUAAAAUCUUGUUUGGAGGAUUAACUGUUGAAAAUGAACGUUUCUGUCUUAAUUUUCUGAAACUCUCUGAUCUUAAAUAAGAAAUAAACAUGAUCGUCAGUAAUAAAACUUGUGGGGCUUGAUCCCCUCAAAACGACAUACUCGGUAAACA